AUAGGGUUCCCCCGAUUGGCUUAGAAGCCGCGAUGGGCUGGAACAGAAGGAACGUGAGGAAGAGUGGCUGACAUCACGUCCGCCAAGUCCCCAUCCUUGGCGGCACCACCGUCGGCCCCGUUCGUUUGGGCCCCGCCGUCCUGAGCUUCUGGACUCCCAGGCCCGUUCUCGACCGCCUCGGCUCCGCUCCGUCCUCCGCAGCCGCCACUGCAGGGGUUCCAGCCCUGAGUCCAUCUUGGGCUGGGCAGUGACGCGGCCCAGCACGCAGCCUUUCCUCGGACAGCCCAAGUGAAGGAUGGCUCCGGUCCACCUGACGGCCCCCCAGGGGUCCGUGACCUUCAGAGAUGUGGCCGUGGACUUCACCCUGGAGGAGUGGGGGCACCUGGACCCCUUCCAGAAGGAGCUCUACCGGGACGUGAUGCUGGAGAACUUCAGGAACCUCGUGUGCCUGGGACUGACGGCGGCCAAGCCCGACGUGAUCUCCCAGCUGGAGCAAGGACAGGCCCCCUGGGUCCCCGAGGGAGAGAGCCCAACCGACAGCUUUCCAGGCUUCCCUAGUGCACCCCAGCUACAGUCUGUCCCCGAAAUCUCCCUCGGUGCCACGGGCGUCCUCGCUUUGGAAGACCCGUCCACUCCUGUGACCUUCUCAGACUGGAGCGUGCCUCCGCCAAGCCCGCCCUCUUCUCUCAUUGAUUGGGAGUCAAAUCAUGAAACCAAGGAGUCAAUUCAGGAGCUGAAUGUUUCAGUGGAAGAGCCAUCUCAGGAAAAGCUCACAAAGGAUGGUUCUUGUUUCUUGAAGUUACAAGAGGCUUGGGAUUGUGUUGGCAGUUUAAAGAGGAAGCCGAAUAAUGAGGUAAAACAUUCUCAGCAAGUGAAACUGUCCCCAAAGAAGCAUUCUAAUAAAUUGAGAUGGCAUGAAUAUAACUAUUGCCGAAGCUUCAAUCUCGCACCAGUAGGUUUUCCACAACAAAAAGCAGGAAAGAGUCCCAAUAAUUGUUAUUCACAAGGAAAGAACUUCAGAGUGUGUUCAGAUUUAAAAAUACGCAAUACAGUGUGUUCAGAUAAGAUGUUCUAUAAAUUAAAUGAAGGUGAGGAGAAACUGUGUGAGUAUAAUGACUAUUGGAAGGCCUUCAAGAACAAAUCAGAACUUACUCCAUAUCAGGCAGUGAAUAUUGGAGAGAAAUCUUACAAAUGUAGUGACUGUGAAAAGGCCUUCAGGUACAGAUCAGAGCUUUCUCAGCAUCAGACAAUUCAUACUGGUGAAAAGCCUUAUGAAUGUAAUGUUUGUGGGAAGGCCUUCCGCCUGAAAGCACAACUGAAACAACACCAGAAAAUUCAUACUGGUGAAAGACCGUUUAAAUGUGAUGAAUGUGGAAAAGCCUUCAUUCAAAGCCAAAAUCUUAAACAACAUUAUAGAAUUCACACUGGAGAGAAACCUUAUGAAUGUAAUGAAUGUGGAAAGGCCUUUACCCAAAGGAUAGGACUGAUUCAGCAUCAGAGGAUACAUAGUGGGGAGAAACCUUAUCAGUGUAAUCAAUGCGGGAAGGCUUUCCGCCUGAGAGGAAAACUCAGCCAACAUCAAACAAUUCAUACUGGUGAGAAACCAUUUAAAUGUGAGGAAUGUGGGAAGGCCUUCAUACAAAGCCAGAAUCUUAAACAACAUCAUAGAACUCAUACUGGAGAGAAGCCUUAUGAGUGUAAUCAAUGUGAGAAAACCUUCAGCCGGAGAAUAGGGCUUUAUCAGCAUCAGAAAAUUCAUGGUAGUGAGCCAUGUUAUAAAUGUCACGAAUGUGGGAAGACGUUCAGGUACUUGACAGAACUUACUUAUCAUCAGAAAAUCCAUGCUGAUGAGAAACCUUAUGAAUAUAAUGCAUGUGGACAGCCCUUCAGUGAGCGAAAACAAUUUAUUUUACAUUAUCCACUUCAUAAUGGAGACAAACCUUAUGAAUGUAAUGAAUGCGGAAAGGCCUUCGGUCAGAAGAAAGAGCUUAAUAGACAUUAUACAAUUCAUACAGGAGAGAAACCAUAUGAAUGUAAUGAAUGCGGAAAGGCCUUCCGCCAAAGAAUGGGACUUACUCGACAUCAGACAAUUCACACUGGUGAGAAGCCCUAUGAAUGUAAUGAAUGUGGGAAGGCCUUCAGUCAGAAGAUUGGGCUUAGUCGACAUCAGACAGUUCAUACAGGUGAGAAACCUUAUAAAUGUAGCGAAUGUGGGAAAGCCUUCCGCUUGAGUGCAUUGCUUACUGCUCAUAAGAAUAUUCAUACAGGUGAGAAACCAUAUGAAUGUAAUGAAUGUGGGAAAGCUUUCCGACUGAGAGCACUACUGACUACACAUAAGAAUAUUCAUACUGGAGAGAAACCUUAUGAAUGUAAUGAAUGUGGGAAAUUCUUCCGCUUGAGAGCAUUGCUUACUGCACAUAAGAAUAUUCAUACUGGAGAGAAACCAUAUGAAUGUAAUGAAUGUGGGAAAACCUUCCGUCAGAAGACAGGACUAACACAACAUCAGACAAUUCACACUGGAGAGAAACCUUAUGAAUGUAAUGGAUGUGGGAAAUCCUUCCGCCAGAGGAUAGGACUUACUCAGCAUCAGACAAUUCAUACUGGAGAGAAACCUUAUGGAUGUAAUGAGUGUGGGAAGGCCUUCCGCUUGAGAGCAGAGCUCACUCAGCAUCAGACAAUUCAUACUGGCGAGAAACCUUAUGAGUGUAAUGAAUGUGGGAAGACCUUCCGCCAAAAAGCAGGACUUACUCAACAUCAGAGAAUUCAUACUGGAGAGAAACCAUAUAAAUGUAAUGAGUGUGGGAAGGCCUUCAGCAGGCGGGUAGCACUUACACAACAUCAGACAGUUCAUACUGGUGAAAAACCUUAUGAAUGUAAUGAAUGUGGGAAAGCCUUCAGCCAGAGGAUAGCCCUGACUAAACAUCAAACAAUCCAUACUGGUGAGAAACCUUACGAAUGCAGUGAAUGUGGGAAGGCCUUCCGCCUGAGAGCACAGCUCACCCAACAUCAGAGAAUUCAUGCUGGUGAGAAAUUUUAUGGAUAUAAUGAUUGAAGAAAGUAUAUUUCCAAAGCAAAUAACAACUAUUUAUACUGUAAGGGGAGAGGGGUGUCAAUUGAAUCAGUCAAUCAUCUUAUUUACCCCAACCUGCUUAAAAUAUUAACAAUAUAAUCCUCUAACCCUGAUACCUUUGUCAGUUGAGAGCAUCUCUAUGGAGUCAAUCCAGCAUUAAACUCGUUGCCAAAAGUCCUUUAUCAGUUUGGAAGGAAUGCAAUUCAUUGAACUAAAUUAAAUGAUGCCCAACAGAAAGUUUAUUUAGUCAUGUCAUGUGGGUUUGGAAUAAAAUACCAAGUCAAUUCUGAAUCUGGGAUUCUAGUUUUAGACCAUCUUACUUAGGGAAGCUGCUCUGGCCAAGACCUUGAGAGAGAAUGGCAUUUUCUCUUUUCCUCACCAUUAACCCAAGAAAGACCUCAUGAACUUCUGAAAGGUUGGAAGGUUUUGUGACUUUUCACCAGUUCCCUAACAAGAUUCCUGGAACAUCAGACUGACAACAACAUCUACAUCAAGAGACGAGACUAAACUAGACACUGAGAAAAGACAGCUUCAGGACUCGACAAGGAGCCUGAAGGAAACUUCAUCAGGCCCCCAUAAAGGGUAGGAAAGGACUUGUAGCAAACAGAAACUCUAAGUUACUGUUUUGCUACAUGUAUUUUUUAAGCUUUGAGCCCACUUUCCCCUGAACUCUGCAUUUGUGGGAAAUUGUGUCCUCAGUUUGGGCGAGUAUUUUGUACCAACUCUUCUUACUAUAUACCACUUUCAUAAAUAGCCCUUUCUAAAAGCUAAUUAAGUAUGGCUAGCAUAAUUUAUAUCAUGUCAAUCAAUAGUCAGGGAAAUAAGCCAGUGAAGACUCAUGAGUAAUAGUACUAGAGCCUCCUAACCCUUCAACAUUAUCGUUAUAACUCUGAGGGAUUAAAGAAUAACCAGCAAUCUUUGGGCGAUGCACCCUGCUGGUAGAGCUGACAGGAUCUAUGCCAUGAGUAUUAUAAGAAAAAGCUGUAUAUAAGGAAUGUGGGAAGCUCUUCUGUCAGCGCUCAGGCCUACUGAAAAUCAGAUCAGCCUAUUGAAGAAGAUUAUGAAUAUACAAACAGAAGGAUUUCAGUCAGACUGAUGGUUCUUCAAUGAAAAUUAGACUCUUGAAAUUUUAAAUGAAGAUAAUUCAUGUCUACUUUCACUGUGACUAGGCCAAACAUUUUGCCUUUUCGCUUUCUGUCAUUUUUUUCUUCAACUUUUACCUUCCAUCUUAGAAUCAAUACUGUCUGUUGGUUCCAAGGCAGAAGAUUGGUAAGAAGUAGGCAAGGAGGGUUAAAUGACUUGCCCAGUGUCACAGCUAGGAAGUAUCUGAAGUCAUAUUUGAACCCAGGACCUCUCAUAUCUAGGACUGGCUCUCUAGACUGACCUACUUAGCUGCCCCACCCCCACCAUUCAUUCUUAAGCAUAUAUUACUUAAUUUGAGAAAAUUGAAGCAAUAAAGCAGCCUUUCACUCUCUAAAUGCCACUCACAAAAAAAUUCUGAGAAUCCCCAUCUUUCUCGUUACCACAGAAUUGUUGGCCUAAAUUUUGAAAAAGAUCGCUUCUCUUGAGCCUAUUCUAAUCCCCUCCUUCCUACUCCAGCAGUAUUUUUAAUAUAGCAUUAAUCGAUUCCUCUUAGCUAGCUCUUUCUCACCUUCCUAUGAGUAAAUUACUCAGUUCAUUAAAUACCAUCUUUCCACUCACUCAGGUUCCCAGCCUUGGAAUCUUACUCAGCUUCACUCUUUUUCAAACCAUAUGUCAUCACUUGACACUUCUAGUGGAUCUUCCCGACCUUCAUCUCUCCUUUCCAUCUCCUCUUUACCUUUACAACCUUGCUAGCUUAGUCCAGGGGCCUCAUCAGAUUUCCUGGAGUAUUAUAGCAGCCUCUUAUUUUGAUUUCGACAGUCUUUCCUCUCCAUAACCAGUAAACUUUGUAAAGAACAAAACUCCUCCUGCUACUCUGUUCCUUAAAAACCUUCGGUGUUUUCCCAUUGCCUCCAGGAUAAAACUCCACAACUUGGCAUUUGAAAUCUCAUGUCAGCCUGUCCAGGCUAAUUUUACAUUAUUCCCCUUCAUAUGCUAAAGAGUCAAAUUGAUCUGUUUGCAGACUUUAUAUCUUCCAUCUCUCGGUUUUUGCAUAGUCUCAUCCCAUGCCUUGAAUUGACUCCACCUUCCCUUUGCUUUUUUCCAGUUGUUUCAUCUGCCACCCCUAAAGACAAAGGAAGGGUUCUCACCUUUUGGAUAAUUUGGAUUCCUUUGAAAGAAUUGAAAGCUAUGAAUCCCUUCUUAGAAUAAUGCCUUUAAAUGCAUCAAAUAAAAGAUCACCAAGGAAAUGAAUGCUAUUGAAUUAGAUGUAUCUUUUUCCCGGAAGUUAAUGAAAUCUGCAUGGACCCCGUAUUAAAAAUCCCUGGUCCAAAGAAAGCUUUUCCUAAAUUCCAUAUCUUCCAGAACCUUCAUUUCCUUAUGUAUGCAAAUGUUGUAUAAAGUGUGAGUUCCUUCUUUGAAGUGUGUCUUUAAAUGACGUCCCUAGUAGUGUCUGGCUCGAAAGUGAUGCUUAGUAAAUGUCUAUUGAAUGGAAUAGAUUUGUUCAAGUAUUGAAAUAUGACUGACCUCCUUUUCCUUUGUUGAAUCCCCAUUCAUCCUUUCCACAUACACACACGCCCUUCUCAUUUUCAUAUAUAUUCAAGGCUCCUGGGUUUAUUGAGUUACCCGUCAAUGUAGUUUUAUGACUUCUUCCAUCAGUUUUCAGCAGGACAUGAAUAAUGAAUAAGAAUGAAGUAAGAGGGAAUUUCAUUUCCAUUUGGCAAGUCAUGAAUAGUGAUUAAACAAGAGGCUGAAGAUUCACUAAGGACGCUAGAAUUUAAAUCUAAAGUCAAGACAGUGAAGACGGGAAAAUCAGAUGAGCAGGAAAAUGAGUGGACUGACCGUAGGUCACGAUGAAGAUAAAGAGCACUGUUAGUUGGAGUGAGGCAUACAAAAUGAAUGGGAGUUCUCACAGUGAAGGUGUUUACUCUCAUAGUUCUCACUGGAAUUUGAUGGCGGUGAAACCCAUGGCUGGAAUGGGGCCUUGUACCGGGGAUCCUAUUUGAAAGAAGCCAGUAAAAUAUUAACUUCUUGACUCUGUGUUAAGAAAAUGUCCACAGGAGGAAAUCCAAGAACCAGAAGAGAGAAGCAUAGCGGAGAGAAUUGGGGGGAAGAACAGUGACAAACUGAAGCCAUUGAAGUCAAUGCGAUCUGAACAGAGGAAAUUGAUGGGGAAAUUAAGUUAUCUAGAUAUCUGUUGGAACUGUUGAAGCAGAGCAGGUUAUAAUUUUGCAAUCUGCUUUAAUAAUUUCAUCCUAUGAUAGGUGGGGGAACUGAUGAGGAGCAAUACCGAUGAGGAUCUGAUUCCAACAGGAAGGUACUUCCAGCUGCUUGAGUACAUGUGUGAACUUUAGCAAAGUCACCGUUAGUUCUUAGUAGUGUCAAACUCAAAUGGAAACGGGGAUCACUAACCCACACCUAAGGAUCCCUGUGGACCUCAUCUUGACUUAGAAAAUUCACAUAUUAGCAUUUUCUAUGUUCUGUAAUGUUUCUGUGUUCUUAAAUAUUUCCCAAUUCCAUUUUAAUCUGAUUCUUUUUUGUCACCUCUGUGAGACACAAGAGGAAAAGAAGUUAAUUUUUUGUUUCCAUUAUGUCUCGCUCAUCCUAUUUUGGGGGGUGAGUUGUUUGCCAUUUCCUUCUCUAGUUCAUUUUACAAAUGAAGAAACCAAGACAAACAGUUGAGUGACUUACCCAGGGUCACACAAGUAGGCCAAAUUUGAACUCAGAAAGGUGAAUCUUUCCAACUUCAUGCCUGGCUCCACUUUACCACUUAGCUGCCCUAGUUUACCAUUAAAGCCUUGCUGCAUGCUAGACACUGCGCUAAGUGUUGGUAUAAGAAUUAAAUUUAAGAGACUACUCCUUAGAAUUUGUAAUUUUAUUAAGUCAAAGGACUAGGAGAAAAGAUAGAAAAAUCGGAGAAAGAUAUAUAUUCAACUUACUGACACAUUAGCUUGCUGAAUCUAUGGCCCUGAUUUUGGUCCCCAUACCCUGACACUCCAGAAAGGGGUCACCAGGAAAAAGGGAAGUCCAGACCCUGUGCCCCGCACCUGCCUCCAUUUAUCAAGCCUGUUCUCACACGUGAUGUCUCAGGAGCCAACCAUGGUUUUCUCAUUUAUCUGGGCCACCCAGAGCUCAAUGCCUGAGAAAUCGCUCUGCUGUCUCGCAAUAUUCUUGGCUGCUUUACUCCAUUUUCCUGGCUGUUGUUCUGCCCUCAUAACUAAAUUUAUCCAAUGAUUUCCCUGACACAGUCCUCACUUCGAGGCUCAUGCCCAGAAACUCACACCACGUACACAUAGUGAAAAGAGAGGAGGGAAAAUUUCCUUGUGCACAGUUGGCAAAAAGAGCACUCUCUACUGGGGGGAGAAACAUGCAGGCAACUGUGUAAAACAAGAUAAAGUUGGGACAAAUUGGAGAAAGAUAACCAGAAAGAAGGCAUUAGCAUUAAUGGGGAUUGAAAAAGGCUAUUAUGUCAAAUGUAAAGAUGUUACAUGGCUGAGAGGGAAAGGUGCCAUCCAGAUAACAGUCAGGAGUCAAAAGAUUCUGAAAGGCCAAGUAAAAGAAGAUGAAUUUUAAUAGUGAUCAAUUUAAAGUUCUACACUCGGGUCUUAAAAAAUAACAUUGGCAGGUAUAAAAUGGGUAGGCAUAAGGAACUAACCGUUUCUUUGAAGAAGCACUUAGGUUUUUUAUCAUUAAAAUUGAUUUUUAGUUCCAAAUUCUCUCUUUCCUUCUUCUACCUCCACCACCCACUGAGAAGGUAAGAACAAAACUCAUCACAAAUACGGAUAAUCGUGCAAAACGAAUUCCUGCACUAGUCAUAGCUGAAAGAAAGAAGAAAAUUGGCACUCUGCGUCCGUCACUUUUCUAUCUGGAUGUGGAUAUAUUCUUUUGGAAUUGUGAUUAGUGAUGUUCAUCAGAAUUCCUAAAUCUUUUAUAGUUGAUUGCCUUUACAAUAUUGUUCUGGUUGUAUGCAUUGUUCUGGUUCUGCUCACUUCACUUUUUCUCAGUCCUUACAAGUCUUCCUGGAUUAUUCUGAAACUAUCGUUUUUUCAAGGGUGUCUUUGUAAACAAUAUAUUGUUCGAUUCUGGUUUCUAAUCUAUUCUGCUAUCCUCUUCCAUUUUAUGGGUGAGUUCAUCCCAUUCACUCUUAUGAUUGCUAACUAUAUUUCCCUCUAUCCAAUUGUUCUCUUACACUUUUUGGUGUUUUUGCCCCCCUUAUCUCCUCUGUAAAAAUCUGUUCUGCUUCUGACUGUUGCCUCCCUUAAUCUACCUUCGCUCUUAUUUUCCUUCCUUUCCCUCCUAUUUCCCUGUUGGUUAAGAUGAAUUUCUGUACCCGUGUGUGUUUUAUGUACUUUCCUCCUUUAAACAAUUCAGAAGAGAGUGAGGUUCAAGUGUUGCUAGUUCACCUCCCCAGUUCAUUGUAUAAACUUCUCGUGUACCCCAUUGAUGUGAGACAAUUAUCCCCAUUCUUCCUCUUCCUGCCCCCCCAUCAUUUGUACUUUCUUCUUUCUCACCCUCUGAUUCUUCUUCUGAGAUCAUCCAAACACAAUAGAAUCACAUAAUAGUUAUAUAUGUAUCAUCUCCCUCUAUAUGAUUGUAAAGUUUAAUUUUGCAUAGUUCUCUAGGAUUUUUCACUUAUGUUUACCUUUUUGUGCUUUUCUUGACUCCUAUAUUUUUCUGUCACAUUUUCUACUCAGGUCUGAUAUUCUUAUCAAAAAUGUUUGGCAAUCCUUUAUUUCAUUAAAGAUAUUUUUUCUUCCUCUAGAAUUAUAUUGUUGAUAGGGAGAGUAUUCUAAGUUAUAAGCUUAGAUUCUUUGCCUUCUGAAAUAUAUUCCAAGUUAAAGGAAUAUUAUGUUCUUCUAAAGUGGUGGCUUUUCAACCUUGUGUGAUCCUGACUGUGGUUUAGCAGUACAGGACUUGAAUUCUUUCUUUUGGGCCACUUGCAAUAUUUUUGCCUUGGCUUCGGAGCUCUGGAUUUUUGUUGUAAUAUUCCUGAAAUUUUUGAUUUGGGGGUUUCUUCCAACACGUGACUGAGAGAUCCUUUCAAUUUCUACUUUCCCCUUUGAUUCUCUGUUUAUUAACUGACUGGUUCUUAGGUAGUUUUCACUCAUGAUUUCUUGACAUAUGUUUGGCUCUUGCAUGACUUUCAAGACAACUAGUUCUUAAACCACCUUUCCUCAAUCUUUUUCCUAUUUCAGAUUUUUUUAAAAAUAAUAAUGAUCAUAAGUAUAUAGUCGCUUCUAUAGGCCAAGCAUUCUACUAAGUGCUUCACAAAUAUCUCAUUUUGUCUUCACAGCAAUCCUGGGAGAUAGGCUAAUAUUAUUCUCAUUUUGUAGUCUUUUUUUCUAUGAAAUAGUUCACAUUUUCUUUUUUUUUCCCAGACUUUGGACUUUGUUUUUUAUUAUUUCUUGAUAUCGCAUCAGUUUCCAAUUGACCAAUUCUAAUUUUGAAAAAGUUUUUCUUCAGUUAAGUUUUGUACUUCUUUUUUCCAGGCUGUUAAUUGUCUUGUGAUAUUUUCUAUCGUUUUCACUUGGUUUUAAAAUUAAUUUCUUUAAGCUUUUUUUAAAUCUUUAACUUCAAGGAAUUCUUGCUGCAUUUUUCUUGGAGAUUUAGAUUACUUAUAAAUAUUUUUGAGCCAUUCUCUUCUGGGCCUCUAGAGCUUCUGGGUCACCACAGUGACUCCAGAGUAAGGUUCUUUUUUCAUUUGCCCAUUCUUCUAGCCUAUUUGAUGAUUUUGUACUUUAGUGCAGGACCUUUUCACUUCUGAUGGCGCUGGUGGCCUGAACAUCUUGUCUGUUUACUCUUUCUACUAAUUUCCCCGCUUGGACUGGGAAUCCGCACGCUUUCAGAGCUCCCAAAAUUGAGCUUUGCAAGUUUCUGACCCAAGGUUUAGGUUGGUGGCGAGUCACUGCCAGCUCUCUGAGAAACUGCAGGUUCAGAGCAACCAAAAGUCCAUUUCCUUUUUGUUUGGGAUGCCUGCCCUGGUUAUUCCACUGUGGAGUAGAUGCUCUGCUCUCGGGAUCAGAGUCCAGAAGCAGCCACAUUUCUGGAACGUGUUCCUUGUUCAGUCCACAGCUCUGUGACCACUCCUCUGCCGUGGAUCUGUGACCAGGAACUGGAGAGUGGGCAGUAGAGUUUCCAGCUAGCCCUCGUUCCUUCACUCAGAAAUACUUCAUUCAGUUGUUCUGGGCUCCCAAAGCACUGCCAUCACAUGUGCUUCUGGCCAGAAGCUGUCCCCACUCUCCGCAGACAUUUCUGUCUCCCUGACCUGACCCGAUUGGGAAAAAUGACUGGGACCUCUUUUGGUCUUCCCAAUCACAAUUCAGACGAAUGCAUGUUUAUAUUGUUUGGAGAAUGGGCGAGGGGUAAUAGCUUCUUCUGUGCCCUCGUUACUGCCCUCUGCCUCCUAGUCUUCAGUCUGACGUGGCAGCUAUACAAUUCCACGGGAUUUGGGGCUUCGUCAAGAGCAGCCUGGCGUUCAGAACCCAGGAGGUGACAGCCUUCGAAGUACACUGAUGUAACCAAUUCCCUUCUGUAGUCCUAGCAUCUUCAGAGACAGGCUGAGGAGCAUCCAUGGCAGAGAAUGUGGAAGGCCUUUGAGAUCGUACUCAUUGAUACUUGAAGGAAGUCAUUAAGCAACUUUGUUCUUGUAUUAGCCAACUGUAACUUCACCUAACUACGUCUCUCUCACGUAUCUCACCGUCUUGUGCACGAUUUGGGCAGAAUUCAAGACUUUACAGAGUACACUUGAAAGAGCGCCAGAUUUGGCACGAGGGACUCUGACUACGUUGGGAGUCUUGGAAAGGUUCCUUACCCUCUGGCUCUCAGGGCCCUUCUCUGGACAACGAAGGACUUGGUCCUCAGUGAGCCUUGAGAUCCCUUCUAACUUGGGAGCUGAGAAUAUUUAACCUGGAGGAAAGAGUUUGGGGGGGGGAGGACAUAAUAGUUUUCCCCAGUUUUCAAGAUGUUUUAGUACAAAGGUCAGACCUAAAAACAAUUGUCUUGCUAUAAGGAAGAUAUUCUAAACAAAAGAGAACUAAAGCAAGGAUGCCCAUCAUCGCCACUACUCUUUCAUAUUGUGCUGGAAAUGCUAGCUAUAGCAAGAAACAGAAAGACACUGGAGGAAUUAGAAUAGGCAGUGAGGAUAUAAAGGUAUCACUCUGCAGAUGAUAUGAUGGUCUACUUGGAUAAUCAACCCAAAAACAAAACAAAACAAUAGAAAUAAUGGGGCAGCUGGGUGGCUCAGUGGAUGGAGAGCCAGGCCUAAAGAUGGGAGGUCCUGGGUUCCAAUCUGGCCUCAGACACUUCCCAAUUGUGUGACCUUGGGCAAGUUACUUCACCCCUAUUGUCUAGCCCUCACCGUUCUUCUGCCUUGGAGCCAAUACCUAGUAUUGAUUCUAAGGCAGAAGGUGAGGGUUUAAAAAAAAUUGACCAUUUUAGCAGAGUCACAGGAUACAAAAUAAACCCAUGUGACUCAUCAGCAUUUCUACUGACCACCAACAAAGUCCAACAGCAAGAGACAGAAAAGGAAAUCCCAUUCAAAAUUGCUCCAGACAAUAUGAAAUGCUUAGGGGUGGAUCUACCAAAACAUAGCAGCUAUAGGAACACAAUUACAAAACACUGUUCACACCUAAACAAUUGGAAAACCUUUUAAUUGCUCCCAAAUAGGCUAAGCCAAUCUCAUAAAAAUGGCAAUCCCACCUAAAUCAAUUUGCCUAUUCAGUGCCGUAGCACAAAAAUUACUUCAUAGAACUAAACGAAUACAGCGAUCUGGAAGUGCCUCAGGGAUGGUUAAGCUCUCCUUGCUAAAGGCACUGAAGUGAAGGUCCAGGACAGAAGUUUGGGCUACAUCCAAGUUCAUGUAAGAAUAUAAUAAGGAAGAAAAGCCAACAAGAGUCUAAAGAGUAGAUCUAAGUGAAGGAAUGAGGUCUGUCUGAACGUUCUGUUGCCCAGUGCUUAGGCUGGAGAGGCUGGCCUUGACCAGAAAGAUACCUCUUCAUCAGAGACUGGAAUGAAGGAGAAAACAGAGAAGAUGUCGAGGAGAAAUGUCUUGUGGUUGGUCGAAGAGAAUUUCUCACACACCGGAGGCUUGGAUGAAGCAGCCAACCACUUAGGAAUUCAGAAUCUGAGGAGCAGACUGGUGGGUUCAGCUAGAGUGAAAGAGGAAUGGGGAAAGCCUGCAAAAGGAAGAAGUGGCGGCCAAGUGGGGGCCUGUCAAUCAAACCAAAGUUCCAUUUGGAAUGGGACCAGGAAACCGUGGAAGGCCAAAGCCAACCGUGGCUGAACUCUGGUCCUGUCUGCUGCUGGUUGGCAUAUAUCAGGGAAAGAGGAACUGGUUCAUCUCUUGGACUCAGAUAAUCUCUUUGGCUUGCUCUGUUUAUGACAGUGAUCGAAAGCCAGACCUGUCCAUCAUUCCUCUCAAGUUGAACGAUUGUAAUAGAUGAUAGUGAGGGGACAUAUUUGAUGGGCAAUUGAUGACUAACAGAUCAGGCAGUUACCUCUUUCUUCUCUCUUUUCCCUCCCGUUUCCUCCCAUUUCCUCCCUCUUCAGCUCCCCCCUCCCCCGUCUUCUUCCUACUAAAUCACGCAGGGUGAGUGGGUGCUGACUCAAAUGAAAAUACUUUCUCUUCUUUUAUCUUAAGUAAGGGUUUAUUUGGGGAAGACAGGAAAGAUGGAGGAUGGAGGGAAGAGGGGUAAGGAUUUCCCUAGACUGGAGGAUAUUGGGAUAGAGCUCAACUUGAGAGGAAUGAUGGACAGGUCUGGCUUUCGGUCACUGUCAUAAACAAUAAGCCAAAGAGAUUAUCCGAGUCCGAGAGAUGAAUCAGCUCCUCUUUCCCUGAUAUAUGCCAACCAGCAGCAGACAGGACCAGAGUUCAGCCACGGUUGGCUUUGGCCUUCCACGAUUUCCUGGUCCCAUUCCAAAUGGAACUUUGGUUUGAUUGACAGGCCCCCACUCGGCCCCCACUUCUUCCUUUUGCAGGCUUUCCCCAUCACCAGAGCCAAGGCCUUACUUAGAGGAAGGAGCUGGGAAAGGAGCCUCGGUCUCCUCCCCUCUCCCCAGAGGAACAACAUAUGAUUUGUGAAAGGCUGGAAGAUGUGGAACGCUGGCACAGAAGCUGGUCAUCGUAACCUAAUUGGGAGCCAAAGACAAAGCAGACACCAGGAGGAAAAGCACUUCCAGACAGUACAAGGAAACAGAUGCUCCGGGAGCCACCCAUAUCUCUGGUCAUAGCCCACAUCAGCCCUCAAGAGGGGGAAGGGCUCGAUUCACAUGAAGAAUGUGGAUACCAGAAGACAUAAAGGGAGACUGUGGGGAGCUGUUUCCACAGUAGAGUAGACGUCCCACGGCCCCUUCCCUCAUCAUGUCAAGGGUUGAGGGGAUGCGUAUUCAGCAUGCUGACACUGGAAAAGAUCCUUCAGAAUGUUUAUGAAUUAAGUCUGUCUGGGUAGCUGAGGAUAACAAUGAGGGGAUGCUUCCAUUCUAGUUUGAUUUGUGAAGUUCUCAAGAAUUUUUGGAGAUUAGCAUUUGUACCAACAGGAUUUGGAGAGAGCCCCAGGCCUGGAGUCAGGAAGACUCGAUUUCAAGCCCAGCCUCAGAUACUUACAAGCUGUGUGACCUUGGGCAAGUUAACCUCAGUUUCCUCAUCUGUAAAAUGGGAAUAAUAAUAGCGCCUCUCUCCCAGCUUGCGGUGAAGAUCAGACACUGUAAUUAUAAAGCAUGUAGCAGAGUGUCAGGCACAUAAUAAAUAUGAUUGUUUGUUAGCCGGUGAGGAUAUGUUGCUUAGUUUCCACCAUUUCCUGCCCAAUCUGCAUUGAUCAGGAAGACCAGGUUCCUGAAGGAUAACCUUCCUCUGACUUUUGCAGUAAUAACAAGAUUUUGAAUCAUUAUCAUAGCCCUUCUGUUACCAGGAAAUCACAAUAGGUAGCAUUUGGGGGAGAUUUUCUAGAUGAGGAAACAGAGGUGAUGGAGGUUCAGUGACGUGUCCAGAAUCACGACUUGGCCUUCUGUGGGAUGCUUCCUUGUCCGCGUGUUGUCAUCCAUCGAGGCUUUGGACUCUUUCCGAUCUCCCUUCAUGCUAGCUGAUGCCUCCCUCCAAGAGUACUUCCAAGCUCUCUUGUCUGGGUCUUGCUUGUACAUAGUCGCUUGCAUCUGGCUUCCCCCUUCGUGUUAUGAGCUUCUCGAAGGCAGGGUCUGUUAUGGCCUUUCUUGUAGCCGUAGCACUUAGCGCAGUUCCUGGUACAUAGUAGGAAUUAAAUAAAUGACUUGACUUUUGAUGCCACUCUAGUGCCAAAAAUGAGUUGCAUGAGUUAGAUGGUGCUACUUUGACACAUUUUUCAUUAGAAAUAAAGGAAAUGGGGCAGCGAGGUGACAAAGUCCUGGGUUCAAAUCUGGCCUUAGAUACUUCCUAACUGUGUGAUCCUGAUCAAGUCACUUAAGCCCAACUGACUAUCCCUUACAGAUCUUCUGUCAUGGAACCAAUACUUACUAUCAAUUCUAAGAAAGAAAGUAAGGACUUACAAAAAAUAAAAGAAGGAAACUGCAUUAUCAGAAAUUGUCUAUCUAAAGAUAUGUUAACAAAACUGAUAACUUAGUUGGAAAGGAUAAAUGCUUACAAAAAUAGAAAAUAAGCAACAUAAGAAAUAAGUAAUUCAAUACCACAAAAAGAAAUUAAACAGGCUAAAAAUGACCUGCAAAAGGAAAAAAUUCCAGAACCGAGAUUUAUAGACAAAUUUUAUCCCAUCCAGAGAACAAUUAACUCCAAUGUUACAAAAAUGAUUUUAAAAGUAGGAAAAGAACCCUUCCAUAUUCCUUCUGUAAUACAAAUAUGGUCUUGAUGCUUAAGCCAGGGAAAGGCAGAACAGAGCAAGAAAACUACAGACCAAUACUGCUAAUGAAAGGAAACAAAAAUUGUAAAUAAAAUGUUUAUGAAUAGGAUACCACAACAUUCAAUUGUUUAGUCUUGUUUUUUGUUCAGUUGUGUCUGGCUCUGUGACUUCAUUUGGGUUUUCUUGGUAGCCACUGGAGCCGUCUGCCAUUUUCUUCUCCAAUUCAUUUUUACAGAUGAGGAAACCAAGGCAAACAGGAUUAAAUGGCUUGCCUGGGGUCACAUAUCUAGAAAAGUGUCUGAGGUCAGAUUUGAACUCAGGAAGAUGAGUCUUACUGAUUCCAGGCCUGUCACACUAAGCUACCACAAUCUAUCGAUAUAUUUAAGUUUAUGUAUUGUACGCAACUAGAGUGAAUUUGUCCUAGGAAUGUGUGUUGGCUCAAUAUGUAUCUAAACCCAAGAGAAAGCUUAUGUACCCAAGGAAAAUCAAAGACUUUUCCAUUAAGAUCAGAAAUAAAACAAAAUAAAAUUAGAAGGUACAAACAGGAAUUUUUCAAAGGAAAAAAAUCAAGGCUAUCAGCAACUAUAUAAAAAUGCUCCAAAUCAUUAAUAAUUGAAAAGAAAUUAAAAUUAAUGUAAUUCUAAAGUCCUAGCCCAUAGGCAUCAGAUAGGUAAAAAAUGACAAAAGAGGAAGAUGACAAGUACUGCAGGGAAUAUGGGAAAAGUUACACUUAUACGCUGUUGGUGUAACUGUGAACUGAUCCAGUCAUUCUGGAAGAUAAUUUGGAACUAUGCCCCCAAAGUCGUCAAACUGUGCAUAGCCUUUGACCCCUAAAACAACGCCACUCCUUGCCCUAAACCCAAAGAGAUCAAAGAAUGAGGAAAAGUAUUCGUGUGUAUGAAAAUAUUUAUAGAAGCUCUUUUCAUAGUAGCAAAAAACUGGAAGAAUGAGGAAGAAUGAACACGUUAUGGUACAUAACGCCCUGGGAUACUCUUGUGUUGUAAGAAAUAAUGAAAUGCAGAGUUUCAGGAAAAAACUGGAUAGACUUGUAUGAUAUGAUACAUAAUGAAAUGAGCAGAACUGGGGGGAACAAUUUAUGUUGGGGGAAUAAUGACAUAAAAAAGAACUUUGAAUGACUUGAGAAUUAUGGCCAAUGAAGCAACCAACCAUGAUUCCAGAGGCCUGAGGAUGAAGCUUGCUCCCCAUCUCUUGGCAGAGAGAUGAGACUCGGAGGACUUGAUGCUGUUUUCCUUUGCUUGACUAGGGGUAUUUGUUAUGAGAUUUCUCUUUUUUUUUGCCUUCAAAUCUGCACAGUGGGAUGGUGGGAGAAGAAGAAAAUAAAUGCUUGUUAGUUGAAAAAAAGUAAAUUACAUUUAAAAGCAUUUUUGAUAGAAUUCACAUGGUUAUCACCCAUGAAGUUCCUUUUGAUUCCACCCUCGGACCCUGGAUUUCAAAAACUAUCUGGAGAGAAAUUGCUUUUGGUUACAUUUGACAAAUCCACACACAAAAAAAAUCUGUUGUUUUGUUUUUUUAAUACAAGAUUUGUUGUCAAUCUUUACUAUUGCUUUGUAAAGUGUUAUCUAUUUGUUUCCAAAAUAUUUCUGCAAAUGUUUUGUGUUUGUGGUGUGUUCUAUGGAACUUCUCUUAAUCGUCUUCCUCCUUUUUGACCAAGUAUUAACUAUACCUAUUGUACAUGUUUUUGUUUGGCCACUAACUGUUGUCAUCCAUUUUGUUAUGCUAGAACUAUGUAAUGACCGAUAUGUCAUCAGCUGAUUAUUAUAAAUGUAUUCUUUCCAUUAUGCUUUUUACUUGAAGAGGCAAGUGAAUCUCUUUAAUAUAUAUAACCUCAACUUUCUUCUUGAAAACCUUAAGUUUCCUGAGGACUAAACUGUGUGUCGUCUGUUCUCUCCCUCUUAAUUUUCUGUGGUCUGGCUUGUGAUCUCAUUCCUCAACUGAAACUAUUUUCUCCAGUAUUUUCUCCUUGACCUGAGGAUGCUAGAAUGUGGCUAUAAUAUUCAUUGGAGCUUUCAUUUCAUCAAUCCUGAAAGAACAUUUCAUCUCUUUCAGGAGGUGAUUGUCGAUUAUUUCAAUUUCUGUUUUACUCUCUAGUUCUAAGAUAUCAGGAGAGUUAUCCAGGAUAAUUUCUUGAACUAUAAUAGCUAGGCUCUUUUUUAAUCAUAGUCCAAUCAUCCAAUAAUUCUUCCCUUUUCUCUCCUAAUGUAAUUUCUAGGUCAGUUGUUUUUCCAAUAAGAUAGAUUACAUUUUCUUCUAUUUUUUCAUUCUUUGGGUUUUGUUUUAUUGUUUCUUGAUGUCUCACAGUCAUUAGAUUCCAUUUGCUUAGUUCUAAUUUUCUUAAGAAAUUCUUCAGUGAGUUUUUGAACCUCCUUUUUGAUUUGACCUGCUCUGCUUUUUAAGAAGUUUUCUUCAGUGAUUUGUGGUAUACCUAACUUUCCCAUUUUUGUGCUUUUUUUGUUGUUGUUGUGUGUGCUUUCUUUAUCAACCUAUUGACCCUUUUUUCAUGACUCAC